CCCCAACUGACCUUAUUCACAGACACGAUCUCCUGACCUAAACCAAGCAGUCAAGUACCAGCGACCACCGAUCCGAACCCCUCCACCCCCUGCGCCUCCCCGUGCCGCGUCGCUGCUAUUCCCGCUCUACCUCAUCGAGACAAUUCCUCCCUGUUGUCUCCAUCCCGUUCGAAAUCUCGCCCAUUGUUUUUCGAGAUCCGCCCCCUGUUGCAUCUCAGGAUGGCGACACUGAGGAACCUAAAGAUCAAGACGUCGACUUGCAAGAGGAUCGUAAAGGAGCUGCGCUCCUACGAGAAGGAGGUGGAGAAGGAGGCGGCCAAGACUGCUGACAUGAAGGAGAAGGGCGCCGACCCCUACGAUCUCAAGCAGCAGGAGAAUGUUUUAGCUGAGUCAAGGAUGAUGGUCCCAGACUGCCAUAAGCGACUUGAAGCUGCACUAACAGACCUGAAAGCAACACUGGCCGAAUUAAAGGAGUCAAAUGAACAAGGCGCUGAGAUUGGAGAGGCUGAGAGUACAAUCACAGAAGUUGAAGCUGUAUACACGCCAACAGAAGAUUGAGCUUUCGUUCUGCAGAAAUGUCAGUAUGCAUCAGACUCGCACUUGUCGACACCUUAGAGGCUCGUUUCAUAUGAUGUUGAUGCGAACACAUGUACCCAUUUUACGACUCCUAACUUGUGAUUUGUGAACGUUCUGUUUGGUUGACGGUAUGCAUAUAACUUGGUAUGAUGUUUGGUCAUGCAACAUGAUGCGAACACAUGUUACAGUUCAUAAUCUAGAUGAGAUGUAACUUGAGACUUGAGAUAUCACCGAAAUAUGAUUAGGCGCUUGUGAUGUUCUUGAAAUGUUAA